AUGAUACUACCUCUAUACAAAACUCGACGUAAAACACGAAAAAUUCUGUUUUACUCUCUCUUCGUACUUGGAUUUCUAUUGCUCUGGUGUGUUCUAACUAUUCUCAUCUUAUAUCUUCAAGAUACGCUAUUCACUUCACCCAUUUCUCUACCAACACGAAUCGGACCAAAACAUGAAGAGACCUUCAAUGGUCGUGGUGUUCAAGUAGUUGUCGGACAUUACAAUGGCAAUCUACCAGCAGAAAAACUGAGAAAUAUAUCUGAAGAAGAUUUGAACGCCAACAACUACAAUCCGAUUGAUGGCUGGGGUGAAGAUGGAAGUCCAGUUGAACUAUCGAAGCAAGAACAGAUUCUCGCUCAAGAAAUUUUUCCGAUCAAUCAGUUCAAUCUUUACAUAAGUGAUCGUAUAUCCGUCAACAGAUCCAUUCCUGAUAUUCGAAAACCGUCUUGCAGGGAGAAAUCGUACGAAGAUCCUUCUGAAUUGCCAAACACUUCUAUUAUCAUAGUUUACCACAAUGAAGCAUUCUCGACGUUGCUUCGGACCGUAUGGAGCAUAAUCAAUCGAUCACCUCAUCAAUUGGUUCACCAAAUCAUAUUGGUGGAUGAUUUCUCUAAUCGAACUUUUCUUCGUAAAGAUCUCGAUGAUGCUGUUCGUUUGAUGCCUGUUCCCGUGAAGAUUGUUCGAUCGAAGGAACGAGUUGGGUUGAUUCGAGCUCGCAUGAUGGGAGCUCAGGAAUCUACCGGAGACGUCUUGACAUUCCUAGAUUCUCAUUGUGAAUGUACCAUUGGCUGGCUUGAACCUUUACUCAGUCGAAUUAAAGCUGACAGAAAAAACGUCGUUUGUCCGGUUAUUGAUGUUAUCAACGACCAUACUUUCCAAUAUCAGAAGGGAAUCGAAUUGUUUCGUGGAGGUUUCAAUUGGAAUAUGCAGUUUCGAUGGUAUUCAAUGCCAUCGUCUAUGGCGAAAGCUCGUCUCAAAGAUCCUACUGCUCCAAUCGAAAGUCCCACAAUGGCUGGCGGUUUGUUUUCUAUUGAUCGAUUAUACUUCGAAGAGCUCGGUGCAUACGAUCCUGGAAUGGAUAUUUGGGGUGGCGAAAAUCUGGAAAUAUCAUUUCGAAUUUGGCAAUGUGGCGGUCGCGUUGAGAUUCUCCCAUGUUCUCACGUUGGUCACAUCUUCCGCAAAACUUCUCCACAUGACUUUCCUGGUAAAAGCAGUGGCAAAGUGUUGAACGGCAAUUUAUUGAGAGCAGCUGAAGUAUGGAUGGACGAUUGGAAACACAUGUUCUAUAAACUAUCACCACAGGCUGUAAGUAUGCGCAAGGAAGUUGAUGUCAGUGAUCGAAUUGAAUUGCGAAAACGUUUGAGAUGUAAAAACUUUCGGUGGUAUCUGAACAACAUCUUCACGGACCAUUUCUAUCCAACUCCAGGAGAUUUCUUUGGAAGGAUUCAUGAUGAUAAUAUUUGUCUAAUAAGUCGCCCUGGUGAUGCAGGCAAUGUUAAGCAGCAUAAGCUUACACUUGGCAAAUGCACACUAGGCUAUGAUUUAUGGCAGUUUUGGAUUUUCACUAAAGAUGGUCGAUUACGGUCAGAUGAACACUUGUGCUUGUCUGCAACACAAAUUACUCACACGAAUUCACAAUGGAUGGUUCAGCUGAAAGAAUGUGCUGGCUAUGAGGAAGAGUAUUGGUCCUAUAAUAGUAGAGAUAACACGUUUGUACAGAAGAAGAGUGGACUAUGCUUAACCAGACCUCCAAUUCAAUCUCUAACCGACAUAAACUUGCCGUUACUUCUCAAAUGUGGGAUGUCAUCACAGCAUUGGGAAAUGAAAAGUGUUGCAUGGAUCCCGAAAAAAGCUUUUUAA